AUGAGCUGCUUGGAUGUGAUGUACCAGGUGUUUGGACCUCAGCCUUACUUCAGCUCCUACAGCCCGUAUCACCACCAGAAGCUGGCCUUGUAUUCCAAAAUGCAAGACCCCCAGGACGGCAGCAGCCGGCUCGGCCCCCCGGGGCCCCCGGCCAUCAAGGAGGAGGACAAGGAGCUGCCGCCGGGCGCCGAGUACCUGAGCUCGCGCUGCGUCCUCUUCACCUACUUCCAGGGCGACAUCAGCUCGGUGGUGGACGAGCACUUCAGCCGAGCGCUCAGCCAGGCCAGCGCGUACCCUGCCUCCAGCAGCCACAAGACCGUAAGAGAUUCGUUCCCGAUGAGCCAGCGAAGUUUCCCUCCGUCGUUCUGGAACAGCUCGUACCAGGCGUCCCUCUCCGCCCCCCCCCACACAGAGCUCUCCUUCCCCGGGGACCCGUACGCCGGCGCCUCCCUGCACAGCCACCUCCACCAGCCCAGCCCCGAGGCCUGGCACCCGUCCCACCACCACCACCACCACCACCAUCCCUACUCGCUAGGGGGCGCUAUAGGCAGCCAGGGCUCGGCGUACCAGCGUCCGGGCGUUCACGAGAUGUACGGCGCGGCGUUCGACCCGCGGUACGGCUCGCUGCUGGUGCCCUCGGUGAGGCCUCACCACCGGCUGACGCCCGGGGGCUCGGGGUCAGGGCCCAACGCCGGGUCGCCAUGUGACCUCGGGGGGAAGGGCGAAUCGGGGUCGACCUGGAGCGGCGCCUUCACCGGAGCCGGAGCAGAGAUCGGACUCAACAUGGACACAGGUCUACAGGGGCAGGAUAAGAGCAAGGACUUGUAUUGGUUUUAG